AUGGGUAAACAUGCAAGAGAAGAUGAUUUAAUAGAUAUAUCAAGUAAAAAAGUAAAAUUGGAUAAUUUAUUCAACGAUUUAAGUUUAAAUGAUAAACCGAAAUUUACAAUUAAUUCUAAAUUAAAAGGUAAAAUUACUAAAAAAUCAUAUACAACAUCACAAUUAGACAAUUAUAUAAAUGAUAAAAUAAUUAGUCAUUUGGAAGAUGUUAUAAAAUCAUCAUUAAAACUAAUAAAAUAUUAUAAUUAUAAAUGGUUAGUUUAUUUGAUAUAUCAAAAAUGGUUAAUUAAAAUGUUUAAUAGGUUUGUUAAGAAGUAUAACGAAUAUAAUAAUACACUGUAUAAAUUUAAAACAAUUGAUGAAAUAAUGAGAUCCAUGAAUUAUCACGAAAUAAUGAAAAUUGUAUUCCAAGAGAAUGAAUUGGAAAAAAAAAGAAUUGAAAUGAAACUAAAUUUAAAAGAGAUGAAUUUUUUUAAAGAUAUAAAAUAUAAUUAUUGGUUUAAAAAUGAUGAUUUAGAUUUAAUGGAUAUAGAAUGA